AUGGCCUCUCGACGCAUCAGCAAGUCCUCCAUUGACUGGGCCAAGUUCUCCUCGGUGGUGCCCCGCAAGGAGGCGAAGAACUUUACCGCCUUCAAGGCUCGCUCGGACGCCUACUUGACCAGAGUUCUGUCGUACCCUGAGAACCCUCCGCAGAUCAACUUUGAGGAGUACCGCAAGAAGGUGAGCAGCAAGGACGCCGUCAACCAGCUGGAGAGCGCCUACAAGGCCCUGAAGGUUACCUACCCGAAGGACACCCUCAGCCAGGAGGUGGACAAGCAGGAGGAGGAGUACAAGAAGAAGGCACUGGCGUACGUUGAUGUCGCCAACGCCAAGAUUGCCGAGGCUGAAAAGCUGCGAGAAAAGUUUGAGAUCAUGAUCCCCUAUCGCCACAUGACGGCGGAAGACUUUUUCCUCACCUUCCCCGACUGGGCUCCGAACACGCUCGAGGCUCCGUCUAUUCACCCGCACUACGAAAAGACGCCCGGUCUCUCCAAGGAGGAACGUGCUCGCCUCGCUGCCCCACUUGGCCGUCCCUAUUCCAUCUAG